AUGGACUACAAGCAAUACAGCCAGUGCAUGAUAGAGGUCGAUCGAUGCCUCGUCGACUACGACAGACACAGGGUAAGCCGUCCAAACGUCAAGCUGCAGUGGACCGUUUCGAGGAAGUUGCUGACCAAGAUGAAGCCUAGUACUAAGAUGUUUAGUAAUCUGGAGUUACUUGCUGAGUUGGAGGAAGAAGAAAUGAAUUAUGCCAGUAAGGAUGGAGGGGAUGUGGAAGCACGAGAGAAAAUUAGUUCUGAUUCCUUUGUUGCUGAUGCUGAAGAUGAUGCUGAAACCAAAGAAGAUGAUGAUCUUACAGGAUGCUCUAUUCAGGAGAUGGAAGACGACGCUGCUUCUGUUGCUGCUGAGAACAAUGAUGCUGUCUAUGCUGAUAUUCUUUAUUAUAAUAAUAAUGAUAGUAAUGUAGUGAUGUAUAAUGGUUACUCAGUUGAGAAUGAAAAUAAUGAUGAAGCUGAUGAUGGGACUAUAAAUGUCCAUGAUAGUGAUGAUAAUGUUGAGGUUUAUAAUAGUGAAGAUGACAAUGACAAUGAUAAGAGCAUUGCUAAUGAUAGUGGUGUAGGAUGGGAUGUCAAUUCUGGCAAUGGUGAUGUCAUUUCUAACAAUGAUGAUAUCAUUUCUGGCAAGGAUGAUAUCAAUGCCAAUAAUAAUGAUAGUAGUGAUGAUAUUUAUGACGCCAACAAUUAUAUCAAUGAUACUAAUGAUGAUAUCAAGGAUAAUAGCGAUAACGUCAGUGCUGAUAAUAAUAACUACGAUGAUGAUUUUACUGCUACUGAAGAGUUUAACCCCAGAUAUGAAAAGACAGCUGAUAGCGACAGUAGCUCUGGUGAAAGCUCAAUAUCUGAAUUGGUUCAACAGCAACGUGGAAGUUGUAAUGAUGAUGCUGAGGAAUGUGAUGUCAUUAUUGAAGUUGCUGAUGUUGGCUUUGAUAUUGCAAAACACCAUAAAGGAGGCGAUGACGACGACGAUGAUGAUGUUAUGGGCGAAGCUUACGUCAGCCACAACACUGAAAGUUGCAAUGAUGAAAAAUCUGAUGCUGGCGUGGUUGUUGAUAGUAUUGAAGAAACAACAUCUAUUAUUAAUGAGCAAGCGAAACCAGUGAACAACAACAGCAACAACAACAUCAGUACAUUUUCGGACGCUGGCGACGACAACAACAACGACAACAAAGUCAAUUGUAACAUUAAGAAACAACCUGCCAAGAAGUAUAAAAAGAAUAAGAACAAAUCUGUUGACAACGAAGCAGCAAAUCUGUCCGUCAGCUCUCCCGACAAACAACAAUCCAACAACAACAACAACAGCAGUCGUGACAUCUACAGCAACAAAGAGGCAGACCAACCAGCAUACACGGCCGUAGAUAAAAACACUUUCAGUAAUGUGGAAGAAAUGUUCCCCAUGGAUAAAAGAUGCCUCGUCUUCAUUCAAUCCUACGUCAACAGGAACCUGCACCCGUUGGAAUACAUGGAAGAGGUGGAAAUUUUGAUGCGCAAUUACUUAGACAUCAUCGUCUUCAUACUCAACUAUGCUUUCGGUAAAGGAGACCAGCCGGAGAGAAUGGCUAUGGCAGCAAGCAAGAAAGGAAACAGGAGAAGCAGGUAUUACAGCAGGAAUGAAAUAAAUGGCGCUAGUAAGAGUAAGAAGGUACUGAAAUAA